UAACCACACUGCACCACAAUACAAAAGUAAGCUACCAUGACCGCCACUGCCGAUAAAUCCAAGCCCUACUUUCCUCUAGCUAGCGGUGCCGACGAUGGAUGGUCGAAAGAAGACUCCGCAACGGCAACCUGCUUCUGCGGCGCCGUACAGCUAGCUUUCCCCACCGAAGGCCCCGGCCUGGUCAGCACCUUUGUCUGCCACUGCACCGACUGCCGAAAGAUCACAGCGUCUAUGUUCGCCUCGAACUUCACCAUCGCCGACACACAUCUCACCCACCUCCGCGGCCGCGACAACCUGACAGCUUACAGCCAAUCGCGCACCAUUGCCUCAGGCAAGCUGAUGACCAACUAUUUCUGCUCCACAUGUGGCACGCUCAUGUAUCGUGUCGGGUCUCCGGGAAAGAGUAUCCUGCGCAUUGGCACCGUGGACGAUUUCCAUCUGCACAAGACGAAACUGAAGCCGAGGGCUGAGCUGUUUGUCAAAGACCGUGUCAGUUAG